GCUUGGUCAUCAUCUUCCGAGUUACCUUUUCGCAUAGAGAGAGAGAGAGAGAGGAUGGUGGUAGUAUCUCUCACAAAUGCUUCAGGUUUAAUCCGAUUAGCUCAUCCGUCACAGCGGAUUCAGAGGUUCGGAUCAAAGUUUCCUCGGGAUUCGAGUCUGAAUGGGAGAGUUAGCUAUAAUAAGCCUACCGUGGGUGGGUAUCCCACGUUGUCCGUAUGUUUCGCACGCCAAAGUACGAGCUUACAUGAUGAGCCAGAGCCCUCCUUGUGGUUGAGCCUUGUUAGGGACAUUGUCGGGAGCACGGGAUCUGUCUUCUCCUUUAUGGCUGAGCAGCCGAGCCAGCUGAAAUUCAUAGAGUGGCCUAGUUUUACUACCACGCUCAAGACUGCCACACUGAGUCUCUUUCUUGUAGCUGUUUUCAUUGUUGCGCUAUCGUCCGUGGACUCUGCUCUUUGUUACGUAUUGGCUCUCAUCUUGAGGAAAUCCCUAUGAAUGACUAUGAGUUGAGAGAGUGAGGAAGGCAAAGUCCAUUUUCAUUUGUAGCCUGCACCAAAGGUUAAUGCUGUUCUUGUUGUAGAACGAAGAAUUAAAUAAAUCCUCCUCUUUUUUGAGUAA